AUGGAUUCUUUGGAAUGGUUUAAGAAAACAAGAAUGAUUGUAGGUGAGGAUUUGUAUUAAGUUAUAAAAAGUAAAAUGUAAAUAGAACAACAUUCAGUUAAUGAAGUACUUACAAAGAUUGGAGAUAAAGGCAAUAAAUUCUAUGUAAUACUAAAGGGAUUGGUUGGAGUUUUUGUACGAAAUGAAGAUCAAUUAACAAUGAUAAAUGUCUGUAAGGAGGGUGAAGGAAUGGGUGAACUAUCAAUAAUGUCUAAUAAAUCUAGAAUGGCUACAUUAGUAUGUUUAACUGAUUGCGUAAUUUCUACUCUAACAGCAUCUCAAUAUAAGAGAUAUGUUAUGUAGAAUGAUAUUCAGAGAAUAAACAAUCUAGUAGAUCUAUGUGAUAAAGUGAGCCUAUUUAAUUCACUAAAUAGGUAAGUAAAGAUUAUGUUGAUGUUAUGUAUGAAGGAAGUUGAAAUUGUAAGGAAAUAAAUUAUUUACAAAUAAGCUUAAUAAGCUAAAAACUUGUAUAUUAUAAUUGAAGGCUCAAUUAAAUUAUGCUUAAAGGAAGGUUCUAAACAGAAGACUCUAUGUGUCAUAAGUGAUAAUGAGAUUUUUGGAGAUUUGAUGGGCAAAGAGGUAUAUUAAGAAACUGCAGAAUGUGAAUCUUAGAGUUGCAGACUGUUAAUGAUUAGCAGGAAAACGUACUUAAUUUCUUAUGUAGUUUACAGAAGGUUCUUCAAUCAACUAAUUCUUUAGGAAUUCUGGAAGAAAUGAAGCAAAUUGCUCAUAUUAAAUAUUGUUUUAGAACUUAGUUAAAGGAAAGUACUUCUUUACUUUAAUAUGAAUAAUAAAAUAUCUACGAACCUUUUGAAUCCACUCGUACUUUGUUUUAUUCUAAUGGAAUCUAUCUGUCAGAUAAAAUGGUUAUUAGAUCUAAUAGACAUGUGAUGCAAUCAAUCUUAAAUAGAAGUAAAAUUCGAAGACCAGUUAUUUGUGUAUCAGUUGUUGAGAGAAAAUCUAAAUUAGAUAGUGGUUUAAGGUUGUCGAGUUGUCACAAAUGA